AUGUCGAAAAUCUCAAACCUAGACUAUGCUGCCCUUAAUCUCUCCGGAGACAACUAUUUGCAGUGGGCACUUGACACAAAGAUUAACUUGAGGUCAAAGGAACUCGGUGAUGCUAUCAUCGAGGGCAACAAUGAGACUGAUAAGAAUCGGUACAGGGCUAUAAGUAUUAUACGCCAUCAUCUCAUUGAGGGUCUGAAAGAUCAGUACCUCACCAUGGAGAAUCCACUAGACCUUUGGACCGCUUUACAGCGACGAUAUGAUCACCAGAAAACAAUGCUAUUACCAAAGGCUAAACAUGAGUGGAAGAAUCUCAGAUUCAUGGAUUAUAAGUCUGUGGAUGAAUACAAUUCAAUAUUGUUUAAGAUAGUCUCAAUGAUGAGACUUUGUGGUGAGGAAGUAACCGAGAAAGAGUUGCUUGAUAAAAAAUUCUCCACGUUCCAUUCGACGAACGUGUUGCUGCAACAGCAUGAGAUGAGACCCAUCGGAACAGCAGCAUUACCAGAAGCCAAUGAGGCUAAAAAGAAAGACCCCAAAGAGUACAACCACGUCCAUGAUGAUAAGAGAUCACACGGAAAAGGCCGUAGUAGAUACAAAGGACGUGGCCGUGACAACUACUCAUAUGGCCGGCAAGGAAACCACAAUAACUGUGGUCGUGGUUCCAGCUAUGGCCGUGGCCGAGGCAGUUAUGGCCGUGGCCGAGGCAGUUAUGGCCGUGGUCGAGGCGGCAUAUCUAAACCGUCUAACUCGACCAAAUCAGCUUGUCACAGAUACGGGAUGAGUAACCAUUGGGCCAAGAAUUGUAGAACCCCUAAACAUCUAUGUGAGCUCUAUCAAGAGAGCCUUAAGAACAAGAACCCGGAAGCCCAUAUGGUUCAUGAUACCGGGUAUGAUGCUGAUGAUGAUUCUGACCUUAAAAAGGACGACCUCUUGGAUUUUGAGACUUCUGAUUGUCUUAUUGUUUUAUGA